AUGCUCUCUUGCUCUCCAAAUCCACAUGAUCCGCAGUCCUACUGUAGUACACUUGAUGGGCUUAUGAAGUCCAACCAACAAAAACUUAAUGACGCUAAAAACACUAAUAAAACUAAUGAAAUAUCCUCUUUAGAAUCACAAAUUAAGCUGUUACAAUCCAACAAAGAUGACUGCACUAAGUCCCAUUACAUGGACGAGCAGCGUGCGUCCUCCCUUGAGGGGGAAGUGCAUCAUGGCAUUGAUGUUAUUGUGAAGCUUACACAGUUUAGUGGCUCUGAAAAGAGCAUUAUAGAGUUAAUUGAGAAAGAAAUUGCGAGGCUUACAAAGCAGCAUGAAGACUGUGAAAACUGUAAAAAGUCUCCGCAGUCUCCUGCCUCUUCUGACUGUGCUCAGCAUAAGAAGCUUGAGGAGCUUAAAAAGAAACUUAAGACAUUGAAACAGAAUAAUGAUAAUAAUCCACAUGAUUUACUUACUAACCUGUGCUCUGGCCUGGAGAAGUUCCUUGGAUACCAAGAAACUUCCAAAGGCUACGAUGGCACUGGCAUCGUGUACUCCGACCUUGACAGGCUGUGCGACGGGGUGAUGUCUUUCCUUCAUGGUGUUUUGCAUAACAUUCAGCCUAAAUUAGGCUUACAUAAAAAUAAUAUUCAAAGUGCAAUUAUGUCCCUUGAAGCCAAUAAACACUCUGGCAAAGAUGGUUUUAAUACUGCGAUUCGCGCAGUGGUCCAGGGGGUGAGGGAGUAUAAUGAGGGUGUGAAGGCGUCGAAUAAAAGUGUUAGUGAUGUAAUUACUACAUUGCGUGAUAGUGUUAAUGAUUCAUUUGUGAAAAGUGUGGAAUACAUAUUGCGUGAAAAUAAUGAUGCAGGUGAGAAGAUUAAUUACAAGGACAAGGACAUCACGGAGGCCGAAAGGCAGAUUGAUAUCAAGCUGGAAGAUUGCAAGAAAAAUGCUGCGGCAUUUAUCACUAAUUUAGACACUUCACGUAGCACACAUAAAGACUCAAUUUCCGACUUGAAUGCUAAAUUAAAAGAUAAGCUUGAGAGCGUGCGUAAGACAGUGAAGUAUGAGGGUGAGCGGUUGGGGAGGGUGAAGGGGUAUGAAAGUGAACAGCUUAAGCAAGCGAUUAAGAAAGUUGAAGAUGUGAUGAGUGCUCUGAAAACAGACGUUGAUUGUAGAAUUAGUGAAGAUGUGAGAGCGUUUGUUGCUGCGCUGAAAGAGAAAGUUAGGCCAAUUAAGGAAAAGUUGGAAGAAGUUGAUGGCAAGUUGGCAAAAUAUAUUUUUGACCUGGAGCAGUGGAUUGUUAAUGUGGAAAAAAUAGUGAGCGAUACGGACAAACAGGUCAAUAUAAUAUUGGCGCAGAUUAACGUAGACGAUCCAACUAAACAUCCUGCGCUGAUCAACCAGGCGGUUGAGCAUAUUACCUUGCAGGUUAAUAGAUUGAAUGAGCAGGUUAGCGAGGUAAAAAAGAAAUUCGAUGAGCUUUUCAAGAAAAUAAAGGGAGCGGAUGGCAAAGGGACGGAAAAAGAGUGCGUGAUGUAUAAGCUGGAAGGGGUUGAACGUGAAUUUAAGAAACAGGUGCCGAAGGAGUUGAAUGGAUUUCAGAAGGGUGCGUUAAAUAAUGUAUGGAACUUGAAAUAUUCGAUUGAUUUGCUAAUAGGAGCUGUAAAGACGAACGUCGGAAGUUUUGUGGACACAUUUAAGGACGCAUUAAAGGAGGGGGUCGACGGGACUAAGGGCAUUUUGAAUCGUAGCGAGAUUCCUGGUCUUAAAGCUUUGGUCACCAAGUUGGCAGCACAUAGGGAGUUCAGAUCACUGGGAGGAUUUUUGGAGACCGUAAGGGAUGAUCCUUCCCGUGGACAAACCUUAGAACAGGUCUUGAAGCACCUCUACGACGCUAAAAACGAAUGGAGAGGGAGACCAACUUCCCAGGAAAUAUAUGCCAAAAUUAAAUCAACAUUGCAAGAUCAGGCCGCAGAAGGCGACAUUUUCAACAAUUCACUCGGCAACCUUUUGAACGAGGCGGCCAUUAAAGGUAUCGAGAACCUUCAAACCGCAGUCAACGCAAUCGUGACAAGUGAACUCACCCCUAUUCAAAAUGACGUUGGCCCUUUCGAAACUUCAGCCAACGAGGCAUAUGUUGAGCUUCUUAACCACGUCAACGCUGUGAGCAGCAACCUUGGUCAACUGUGCGGCGCUAUUAAAAAAGCUGCGGAAUCUGAUCCUGAUAGCGCAAAAGCAAAAUUAAACGAGCUCAAAGAAAAAUAUUUCAUAAAAUAUUCGGAAGGCGCCAAGAAUUCUCAAAACAGCAUCAAGAAAAUUAGGCAUGAUCUCAGGGCGCUGCAAACUCCUGUGUCCAAUGCCCUCAAGGAAGCCAAGGAUUUACUCGAUACAUAUCUUGAAAGGGCCGAUAAACACUACAUUCAAGUAAUAACAGACCAUGUAAAUACAGAAAUAAAAUCCGCCCAAACCACACUCACCACCCACGCGCGCAGGCAGUACGUCGAGGCCCUCAAGUUCGCGCUCCAGCAGUUCGCCGACAAGGUGACGGGGGAGCUCAGUGAGUUGCCGGGGAUGAUUGAAGACGACAAACACAUCGGCCUGAAGGGGUUCAUGGAGAAAUUCUCCGAACACUUCAAUGCUCACAUCGUUCCUCAAAAAGAGGAUCCGAAAUUAGUACACUUGUCCUUCGCCGUCGCCAGAUUUUUCGGGCCACUGAAGGACUAUGUCCUUAGAGACAUUAAGAGGGAGAACGAAGAAAAUAUCAAGAAAAAUCCUUCACUCCCCCAGUCCCAAGAUCCCUAUUCCGCCAAGCUGGACGCUGUUAGCACAGCACUCAUGACAUUACUCGGCGACAUAAGCACUAAAAAUCACUACGAUCACAACUUGCCCACUAAGCUUGCUGACCUCACCGCCACACUUUCCGACCUGAAACUAGACGGCUUCCCCAACCCGGUCACAGUAAUGCUGGGCGGCAUCUCCGGUGGCUGUCGGCAGUUGGUCGAAGUGCUUGGCAACGUGUACAUCUCCAAGUACGACGGCCAGACGAUUGAGUGGGAGAAAGCCGACACCAGCAAAAAGCCUGCAACUAAAGAUGGCACUGAAAAUAAGAUUCCGACGGAUGACGCCAACAGAUGCGCAAAGGUGUUCCUCACUUGUAUGUACACCCUUUUCGAUAAGUUGCAUCACUUGUUCUAUAAUGGCGGUAAAACGUGGAGCCAACUAAAACUUGACGGCAGUGGUGAUGCAAAAAAGAAAUAUGAAUUGAAAAAAUAUUUCAUGCAUGAAGGCUUCGAAAUUAAAAAUCUCAUCACCAAGGAAAACACUGGUAAGGCUGUUGCCUUCAGAUUGAGCAGAGCCUUCAGUCGUUACCAGACGUUUAACAAGGACCCAAAUGAAUUUGACUCUUUCGAUUUAUACAUCGCCCACUUCAGAAAAUAUGAAGGUCUUUUAUCCAGACUCUUCGAACACCUGGAGAAGUACAAUGAAGUGUGUCACUUCGCCACUUUCACCUCCAAGAAGCAUCCAUCUUCCAUCUACGAAAUGCUCGCAUGGUUCUCAGGCCUCCCGUACAGUUCCGUGUAUGACUCUUUGCUCCAUGACGUGUUGCCGUCGCUGCUUGAAGGUCCAAGUAAGAAGCCCGCAGACGACGAUGAGAUCGUCGUGACAGAUCUCGGCGAAGAAUCAUUUGACGCAUACCCGCAACCAAUAACAUACAGUAGUUUAGCAACGUCUCUCAAUGAUGUCUGCGCACAAUCCUAUGACGUGUUGACCGGUGUCCUUGGAUACGGUUACGCCGACGGUGUCUACGCCUGUGAUCAUUCCAACAACACUCUUAACCUAGCAUAUCCUAGCAGUGCCAAUGCCUGCUUAGGUAUGAUGGUAGAUAUAAUGAAUAGACUAUUCUACCAACUUUAUUUCCUGCUUACACAGUGUUCACACAAUACCGAUUACAGCGGUUGGUCAAACUGCUCGUACGGUCAGGGUGUCGGCAACUCUGGAUGGCAAUGCAAUGACAACCUAUGCCCUAACCAACAGUGUAACCUAAGGCCUAACCAAAACGCUGACCAAAGUACUAACCAAAAGUGCAACCAACACCCAAAGUGCGGUGUAAAAUCGCCGCUUCAGUCGUACCUUGAGGAUAGCCUCCCCGGCUUCCUGCCUCAUACAUUUUCCAAUGUUGGCUGCGGAGUGAAAUGCUCAGUUGGCAAUCACUUUGGUAAACCAUGCCUAACACCUAUGGGAUUUACUGAUAUUAGUAUUAAGGCGUCACAUACAAAGGAGGGUACGUACCUCCAAAAGGUGCUUGAGAAGUUUUGUGGCAUUGAUCAUGCUCCCCUAACUAAGCUCUGCGGUCAACUGAAUUGUCUCUUGCCUACCGCUCCAAAGACACUAGGCGAUAUGUUUAGUUUCUACCACAAUUUCCUUAGUGACUGGAAUAGGAACACACCACAUAGGAAGGGCGCAUUUGAAGAGGCUAUUAGUAAGGCCAAUUUCAAACGUCCUUACGAAGGCUUGAAUGCCCAUUCUAUAUUCGGCGGUAGUCACCCUCAUAAGCAGGCCAACGCCGAUCUCGUCAGUCUCGUUUGCUCUUCAGCUACAAGGGGUAAAUGUGGUCCCUAUCUACAUGCUCUAAAUACUGAUAUUAGCAGUAUGUAUUCUAAAGAACAUGGUGGCAAAUAUCUAUCGUGGAUUGUGUAUAGCACGGAAACGUUUUAUAAUUUACUGCAUCAGUUAUAUGAAGAGUGCAGUAGUAAGUGCGGAGGUGAAAAUCCAAAAUGCCGCAUUGCUAAAUGCCGCCCCAAAUGUACUGUUACCGAGAAAUCGGCUACCUCGCCUCACGAUGCGUCCUGCAAUUCAAUUGCAAAGUGCUCGCAUACCCGUCCAAUUAUGUACAAAUUUGGGUUUGUACAUGCGAACGUGGCAAAGCUGGCUGGUGAUACAACUAAACGUACGUGCAAUGAUUUCUGCAACGUGCUGAAGAAAGUAAUCGGCGAAGGAUGUGCACUUGUAAAACUCAUCGAAGACAUCGAUAAAUAUAUAUGGGCUAUAAGAGAAGAAUUCUCCCUCACCUUAUUAGCCCUCUGGUCCCUCUCUCUGCUCUACCUGCUGCACAUCGCCGUCGUCCGCCUGGACGUCCUGCGGAUACGCUCCCACCUGAGAUCACCCUCAAGCCACCGCAUCGCCGCGCAGUCCCUCCUCGCCGCCGCACGCGUCAAGGCACUCGCCAACGUCAAGUACUUCUCACCAUAA